UUCUCUCAUCACUGUUCUCACUCAUUUUUUCUACUAGAAAUGCCCUAAUUCCGGCAACAAAAUCGCCGGAAAUCACAGGAAAAUGUUUUUUCCCUCUCGAGAUCCAGUCGUUUGAGCUCAGAUCUGCGCUCUAUUGCAGGAAAAUUUGGCCAGAGAAUCGUUUUUUCUCACUGUGUUGCAUAGUUUGGGUCUUCGCUUGGAUAUUGGAGGUUCAGUGGAGAGAUCUGGUGUUCUUUGCAGAUCGGGAAAUUUUCACUGGAAACUUGUUAGAAAUGUUUGGGGCUGAACUGAAUGUGAAGUGAGUUUUGUGAUACUUGAAGGAUUGGAGGUUUAGCUACACGGCCAGGUAUUAGGUGUCCUUUUGACUUUCAUGUUUCUGGUUCCACCAUGGCUAUAACCCUUGAUUCAUCAAAGAAUGGUGAGAAAUGCCUUGAUUCUCAGUUAUGGCACGCCUGUGCCGGAGGAAUGGUCCAAAUGCACAAAGUGAACACAAAGGUAUACUAUUUCCCCCAAGGACAUGCUGAACAUGCCUGUAACCCUGUCGAUUUCCCGCCAACAGUCCCACCGUAUCUCCUCUGUAGAGUCACUGCUGUAAAGUUUUUGGCUGACCCUGAAACUGACGAAGUAUUUGCUCGAAUAAGGCUUGAUCCCAUAAAAAAUGAGGGCUAUGAAGAUGACUGUGAGGGUUUUGCAGAUAGCAAUGGCAUGGAUUGUGCCGAGAAACCCUCGUCAUUUGCCAAGACACUGACGCAAUCUGAUGCGAACAAUGGUGGGGGUUUCUCAGUUCCUAGGUAUUGUGCGGAGACCAUAUUCCCUCGCCUUGAUUACUCGAUGGACCCACCUGUUCAAACAGUUUUGGCGAAAGAUGUUCAUGGGACGAUUUGGAAGUUUAGGCACAUCUAUCGUGGAACACCAAGGAGGCAUUUGUUGACCACCGGUUGGAGCACAUUUGUAAACCAGAAGAAGCUUGUGGCUGGGGAUUCCAUUGUGUUCUUGAGAUCAGCAAAUGGGGAGCUUUGUGUUGGGGUUAGGCGAUCUUCUCGUGGUAUUGGUGGUGAGUCAUCUGCUUGGUGCCCUGCUGGAUUCUCUGUGUUUUUGAGGGAAGAUGAGAACAAGUUGAUGAAAUCAGCCAAUGGGGGUGGUUAUGGGGGCAAUGGGAAUGGUGGGGUUUGGAGGAAUAGGGGGAAGGUUAGUGCUAAAGAGGUGCUUGAGGCUGCUAGUUUGGCAGCUGCUGGUCGCUCAUUUGAGGUGGUUUAUUACCCUAGGGUUAGUACACCUGAGUUUUGUGUCAGGUCUAGCUCAGUAAAUUGUGCGAUGAGGGUCCAGUGGAGUACAGGGAUGAGGUUCAAGAUGGCUUUCGAGACCGAGGAUUCGUCGAGGAUCAGUUGGUUCAUGGGAACGAUAUCUGGUGUGCAGGUUGCUGACCCGGUCAACUGGCCUAAUUCACCAUGGAGGGUUCUUCAGGUGAGCUGGGAUGAACCUGACUUGUUGCAGAAUGUGAAGCGAGUGAACCCAUGGCUCGUUGAGGUGGUCUCCAACAUACCCACCCUCCAAAUCUCCCCCUUUUCCCUCCCCAAAAAGAAGCAUCGCAUCUCCCACCCUGACUUCUCAUCCCUUGAUGGGACCCAUUGCAGUCUCGUGGGCCCCACCCCAACACUCCCCCCUAACCUGCUCGGGCUCGUGAACCCACCUUGGCAACAACAUGUGGACUCUGUUCCUUCAGCAGGCAUACAGGGAGCCAGGCAUGGCCGUUUCGGCAUCUCCCUACCCAACCUUUGCCCUAACAGCAGCACCAACGCCAACAAUGACAUUAAACCUCACCACCUCCAACAACAAGGUGUAGUCCUCUUUCCUGAUGGCUUUUGGGGUGGGGCCCCGCCACCACCGCCCGUCUCGACAGAGUUGAACAUUGGAAAUGGGAGCUUGUCCUCGAUAGAUCGCUCCUCUAUUUUUAAUGAAGUCCCUGCCUCUCUCUUGACCAACAAUUCACCGAACAGGUUCAAGAGGUCGAUAACCACUGUUACUAUGAAUGAGAAUAACUCAUCAUCUCCCUCCAAGGGGAGUGUGAGUGGGACCCACUUCAUGCUCUUUGGGAAAUCCAUUUGUAUGGACCAGCAGCAGGCAUCAGGGUUGAGCUCGACCACUGAUAAUGGGUCGCCUGUUCGAACUAGCAAUAGCUCAAGCAAUGGGAACCCAGAAAGUUUCACUGUGGCGGGUUCGGUGGCUAAGGCUGAGGGGCCUAACUUUUGUGACAACUUUGGGCUGAGGCUUAGCAGUGGCAUGGUUCCACCCGUGUUUGGUGCUCCACAAGGGUUGUUUUGGUGCAAGGAUCAGAUGACGAAGCUUAGUUUGGAGAAGGGGGGUGGUUGUGAAAACGGGUUUGACGACGGGAUGGGGCACUGCAAGGUUUUCAUGGAGUCGGAGGAUGUGGGCCGGACACUUGACCUCUCGUUGUUUGGGUCUUAUGAGGAGCUGUACAAGAAGCUUGCUGCUAUGUUCAUGGUGGAGGAAAGAGAGAUGGAGGGCCGGGUGCUCUAUAGGGAUGCCAAUGGUGCAGUUAGGCACACAGGGGAUGAGCCGUACAGUAAUUUCAUGAAGACGGCGAGAAGGCUGACCAUCUUAUCGGACUCGGGGAGCGACAACAUGGGAAGGUGAAGAAGUAGUUAAAGAUCUGGGGAUAGGAAGAGCACACCGUCUUAAAAGUUAGUCUGUACAUCAAGUAGAGGUAGGGUUUAACCGAGUCUUCUUUUCAUCAAAAGCCUUUAGUUUUCUAACAUACUGCUCGCCGUUACGGUGCAAAUUCCCGAGCUGUCUCGGCAUUAGAUGGUGCUAUUUCUGCAACCAAAAUGGAACCGAUAACUCUCUCUCGCUCUCUCAAAAUCUAUCUAUCCAUGUAUCUAUCUAUCUAUGUUUGUGAUCGUUUCUCUAGGGGAUUAUGGUAUUUUUAAUAUCAGUGCUUUUGUUUGCUGGUUGUACAGCUCUUUUCUGAUACUGAAUUGUCACUUGCAGGCAGAUGAAGCUCAAUCAGAGCAAACCUUUGAUUUGGCUUCAUCUGUUGGGGAAGAUGGGUUUAUAGAAAAGCUGGUUGUUAUUGUUUGUUCAUGUU